GCGGAGCGGUGGGGGGCGUCGUCGCUGCAACCUACGGUCGGCCGAAGAUCGGUGGUCCAGGAGCUAUGGCCGCGUCUGUUUUCUGCUGCCUGCGGUGCUGCCGGGACGGCGGGACCGGCCACAUCCCCCUGAAGGAGAUGCCGGCCGUGCAGCUGGACACGCAGCACAUGGGAACAGAUGUUGUCAUUGUAAAAAAUGGAAGAAGAAUAUGUGGAACAGGAGGUUGUUUAGCUAGUGCACCUUUACAUCAAAACAAAAGCUACUUCGAAUUCAAAAUCCAGUCCACAGGAAUCUGGGGUAUUGGUGUUGCAACUCAGAAGGUUAACCUGAAUCAGAUUCCCCUUGGCCGGGAUGCACACAGUCUGGUGAUAAGAAACGACGGAGCCCUGUACCACAACAAUGAAGAGAAAAACAGACUGCCAGCAAACAGCCUUCCUCAGGAGGGAGAUGUGGUGGGUAUUACAUAUGACCAUGUAGAACUAAAUGUGUAUUUAAAUGGAAAAAACAUGCAUUGUCCAGCAUCAGGUAUACGAGGGACAGUGUAUCCAGUUGUGUAUGUUGAUGACAGUGCAAUUUUGGAUUGUCAGUUCAGUGAAUUUUAUCAUACUCCUCCACCGGGUUUCGAAAAAAUACUGUUUGAACAGCAGAUCUUCUGAAUGUAUUGUUUUUGAAACUUACUGUUCCAAGUGUUUUCCAUUGAAUAAAGCUUUACCUUACCUGUAAAUGAAAAUAUAUUCUUUAAAAAAUGCUUGUUAAUAUUGUCAAAGAAACCAGUGUAUUCAAUGUACAACUCAGAAGUUUUCAUUUGAAAUACUAUGCUUUAUGAUAUGAAAAUCAGCAUUUGGGGCAAUUUAAUUCCUAUUUGAAUGUAACUACGAGUUUGGUUAACAGUAUUACAUGGUAACAUGUACAUCAAUAUUUAAAGGGAAUCUUUCUUACAUAUAAAAUGUUUGUUUUGAUAGAGAUGUAGAGUUGGGUUGUUUUUUAUAUCACUUUGAAAUUGAGACCUCUAACUCUUAUUUAAAUCUGUAGCCCAAUACUUUUUGUCUCCUUGUCCAUUUUUAUACACAGUAUAACAAAACAACAAAAUUUAUUAGCAAUCUCAGUUUGACCUUUUUACGAUAUUCAUGUACCACUUUUAUUAACAUUUGAAUUGCUUAUUUCUUUGUGCUGUGUGGUUGCUUUUGAUUUGAUUUGUGAAAGGAGAUAAGUGUCUUAGUCAUUGUAAGAGCAAGUAGUGACUGAUUGGUGAUAUAGUGUACUCUGGCAGACACUUAAAAUAGUAAGAUACUUUAAAUUUAAACGAAAUUAUUCUUUGAAGGACUUCUAUUUAAUAUGCAUUUUCUAUAGGAAUAAUAAAAUAAUAAUAAUUAAGGAAUAUUUAUAACAUAUUAUAUAUUCUUCCCAUCUUGUUAGUUUACAGAGGAACUUUAUUUUGCCUUUGACUAUUUUAGAAGUUUGAGGAUAAGCGAGUCCUCCUCAUCACCCUGAUAUUGGUCCUCACCAUUAUCCUUUGGUUAAAACCCCACUCAACUGAACUGAUCACAUCUUCAGGUACCUUCAGAUGUGCCUGCCACCAUGCAUAGCUUUCACUCCUUUUAUCAGCAAAUAGUACCUUACAUUGACUAGAAAACAUAGAUGCUAGAAUUGAGAGGUCUGGUGUGCAGUUCUGUUGCCUUAUUUCCUCAAGGGAGCUCCUCAGUCCUGGACUCCCUGGCUUCCCCUCUGAUAAACGGGACAUUCAUCCUGAACUGAUCAGGUUCUAUGCCUAGCCAAUAAGGAUAGUGUACAUGUACCUUACUCAUCGUAGGCACUGCAGUUUCCAAGUGGCAGGGGAGCAGUGUCUGCUGAUGUGCCUCCGGCCAGCAGUGAUGAUGAUGGCACCUCAGAACUUUUGAGAUAAUGGACAGUCAAGCCCCUGCCAGAUCCCUGAAUCAGAAAGGAUGGGGACAGCACCAAGCCUCUGUGUUUGAACAAGCAUUCAGGUAGACUUGAUACCUACCCUAGUUUGAGAACUACUGUGACAGAGUGCUUCAGGAAGAAUAACUGCUAUAUAUUUUGUACAGAUUUAAUAUACUAUUUUUGCCCUGUAAGCUAGAGAAUCCUGCAUAAUGCUUGGUUACUAUUUUGAUAGAUAAAAAUGCUAUUGAUUUGAAAACAGAUAUGCUUAUGUAACAUGUAUAUUGACAUAAACCCCACAUUUUACCUCUGAAGAUCUGUGGAGUUUAGGUAUAUGUUAUUUAUGCAUGUACAUCAGACUGUCAGCAAUUUUCAUAAGAAACAUGCCUCCAUAGGGAAGUAAAUUAAAACAGCUAUUGUUCUCUGUCUAUAUAAUGUUAUCUACCUCUAAGUUUUGUUUUUACAAAACCAAACUUUAUUAUCAUCACAUUCUUUUCUGCUGUUUAAUCAUGAAGAGACAUAGUGCUGAAAAUAGUACACAAAUUAUGUCUAUGGUUUGAAGUCUUAGAUGUGUUUGAAUCUGUAGGUAAUAAAUUCCUCUUGGGAUGAUAA